AUGAUGGCUUCAACGGUGGACUUAGAAGUUAACUUCACCAAAACGAAGAUCUUGCGAACAGUCGACUCGACUAAUGACCCAAAGAUUCAGUGGAUUGAAACGAGCAUUGAGGAGGUCGAAAAUUUCAAGUGCCUCAGUUCUGUACUAGCGAGAGAUGGUAACUAUGACAUGGAAGCGCGUAGGAACGGCAUCUGUCAGAUUCCGCCGAUUUUCUAA